CCAUCCUCUCACCGUUUCGCCGCUACCAUCCAGUGACGGCUCCAGCGUCGGCGCUCCCUCUUCCCUCUUCUUCGAUCUCCCAUCCUCUUUGAACACAUCCGCCGCCUGCCUCCAGCCCAGGAGUGAACGAGAGGUCAGGCAAGGAAGCACACCGGAGAAGGACCCCGAAUCCUCCAUGGACAUCGAUGAUGCGCCCGCGCAACCGCGAAACAAGCUUCCCGACCACCUCGAGCUCCAGCGCACCCGUGUUGUCUGCAAGGCCGAUGCCCCCACUCAUACUGAAGGGUUUCAAUACUCGGGUGCUUUUGCUGCUAUGGGAGUUGAUAAUAGUGUAUCAGUGGAGAAGUUCUGCAGUGACUUCAAAAUCAAGAUUAAUCGACUUACAGAGGAUGAUAUGGAGUUUGAUAUGAUUGGUGUUGAUGCAUCCAUAGCAAAUGCUUUCCGCAGAAUCCUCAUUGCAGAGGUUCCUACAAUGGCUAUUGAGAAAGUCUUGAUGGUUGACAACACCUCAGUUAUAGCAGAUGAGGUCCUUUCGCAUCGACUAGGCCUUAUUCCACUUGAUGCAGAUCCAAGGCUUUUUGACUAUAUCUCCAAUGAUACGCCAAGUGAGAGGAAUACUAUUGUAUACAAACUGCAUGUUUCAUGUGCAAAGGGUUCCCAACGUCUUACAGUGAAGUCUGGUCAAUUGGAGUGGUUGCCAGAAGGUAGCCAGUUGACUAUUGCAUCUCCUGCGCAGCCUGGGGAAAAACCGAAGACCUAUACAUCCUUUGGUCAAAGCCAAAAAAAGGCGUCUGAAAGACCUCUCGGUGUGAAGUAUGAAGAUAUAACGAUUGCAAGGCUUGGACCAGGACAGGCUAUUGAGCUUGAGGCACAUGCUGUUAAGGGAGUGGGGAAAAUUCAUGCGAAGUGGUCUCCAGUUGCUACAGCCUGGUACAGGAUGCUCCCUGAGGUUGUUCUUCUCAAAGAAUUUACAGAUGGCGAUGCUGAGCAGCUAGUGAAAAAAUGCCCAGUUAAUGUUUUUGACAUUGAAGAACUAGGAAAUGGUAAGAAGAGAGCAGUUGUUGCAAAACCAAGAGCAUGCACCCUUUGUAGGGAAUGCGUUAAAGUAAAAGUAGAACCUCAAAUAGAGCUACGCCGUGUUAGAGACCACUUCAUUUUUACAAUCGAGUCCACGGGAGCUCUUCCCCCAGAAGUGCUCUUCACAGAAGCCGUGAAGAUCCUUGAGGAGAAGUGCGAGCGUGUGAUAUCUGAGCUUUCCUGAUUCUGAUACAAAGUUUUGAGUACUCCAUUCUGCUGUGCCCGGAAGCUUUAUCUUGGAUUAUGGUUAUUGUAGAACUUACGUAUUCCAUACUCUGGAGCCACAUUCAGCAAUCAUCUAACUAGAAUAGAAGUAAAACAACAAGCUAAUUAGUGAGCUGGAAUAUGUAUGGUGUUUUUUGGAUGGGGGUAUGGAAAUUUUUGUGCACUAAAUCAUACAUUAAUGAUUUGAAUCCCUAUAAUCUAUAUCCAAACAGGUAUGCACGGAAACAAUACAUGACCUUUUUCCCCUAGAA